AUGGGUAAAAAAUAUUGUAAUGAAAAUAAAUCUGAUCCAUCAACCCAGAAUAAACUGGGUUCAAACUAAUAAUCGAGGCUUAAGGUUGAAAGUGACCCAGAGAGAUAGGGUAAGCUAAUCUAACUCUCAAACAGCGUAUUGAAUUGUAACUACUUCUUUUCCUAAAUAUUAUGUCUAGUGGAUCGUAAGUUUAUCAGACUUCAAUGAUUCUAGGAACCUCCAUUAGGUCGGCUGGGGACCUAUUUUUACAUGAACUGGAUAUUUAGGUUCUUUUUUGCUGUCCUCACUUCCUACGCUAUGGAUUGGAAGCAGGGAUUAUCUGUUGGAGAACCUCAACUUUCUAACUUCUAGAAACUUAAUUUAAUAUAAUAAAAUUUAAUACUCGAUUAACUAGAGCACUAAUCAGAAGUCAGUAAAUAAAAAUAUUUUCUUUAAAGAUGUUUCCAACAAUUAUAUCAUGCAACCAAAUUUAAUCUAAUUUUUAUGGCUAUUUUUCUAUCAAUGAUAAAUAAUACCCUACUAAAUUGUAUUGAAUCAAGAAGGAAAGUAUUUUUAUAAAUAUUUAUAAUUUAGAGUGUUUUGAACAUAAGAAUCAAAUUAAAAUUUAUUGUAAAGUUAUUUAUCCGAAAACUCACAAAGCCCUUUUGA